AUGAGUAGCAACAACACUAACGAUACAUCUUCCUCGUCGGAAGAUGAUGAUUUUCAUCAAUUAUUGAUUCGGCGCUUCUUCAUUGUUCCUUCUUUUGAAAUUUAUGGAGGUUUUUCUGGAUGUUAUGAUUAUGGACCUCCAACUUGCUCCAUCAAGAAUAAUAUUCUGCAAUUAUGGAGACAACAUUUUAUUAGAGAUGAGGAAAAUGUACACGAAAUGGAUGGUUCAAGUCUGACCAUGGAAUGUGUGUUAUCAGCCAAUGGACACCUCCAACAACAUUCCGAUUGGAUGGCACAAGAAUUUGAUUUUCCGUGCCAUUCAUCUCAACAGCAUCCAUACUCAGCAAGAAACAACUACGUUUCGAGAGUGGAUCGAAUUCUAGAGAAUUUUAUUGAAACUGAACUGGAUGAAAAUUCACAAUUAUUGAGACCAGAACAAUUUGAGGAAUUGUAUUUGGCAAAAAAGAAAAUUCGUUCAUCUUUGGCUGGAAGUGGUGAUGAAGAGUUUUGGAAUGAAUUUAUAAAAAAGUAUCGUGUGAAAAAUCCAGCAACAGGAAAAUACUUGCACAAUAUUCAUUUCUACAAUUUAAUGUUCCCAAUUUCCAUACAUAACAAAGGAUCUACCAAUCAAAAGGUCAAGAAUUACCUUCGUAAAGAUUUGAAACAAAAUAUUUAUUGCAAUUUCAAUCGCUUGUUGCAGGUCAAUAGAAACAAGCUACCAUUUGCUGCAGCACAGAUAGGACAAGUGUUUCGAAAUGAAAUUUAUCCAAAAAGUGUGUUAAGUGAGGUGAGAGAAUUCACAAGUACCGAAAUUAUAUGCUUUUUCAACCCAAAUAGAGACAUGCAUCCUCGAAUGGAUCAAGUAAAGCAUGUCAUGGUGCCAUUGUUGACACGAGAAAAUCAAACCAUGAGUUUGCCACCUAUGGAUUUUUCCAUUGAAGAUGUAUUGAAUCAACAAUUUGUCAACAGCCCCAUUCAAGCAUAUUAUAUUGCAAAAGUGAAAUUGUUUAUGGAUCUGUGUGGUGUAUUACCUAAUGCCAUUCGAUUUCGGCAACACCUAUCACACGAAAUGUCUUUUUCAACCACGGAUCAUUGGAGCUGUGAAUUGAAAAGCUCUUUGGGAUGGAUUGAGGUUGUUGAUAUUGUUAACAAUUAUUGUUACGAUCUUAAAUGCCAUUCCUCUCAGUCGAGGCAUGCAUUGGUGGCAUUUGAAACAUUCGACCAGCCAUUGACGUCAGAAAAUAUUGUGAUGGAAGUUGAACACGAAAAGCUUGGAAAAAUAUUGAGAAAGAACAAACGUGUGGUUCUUAACUUUCUGGAAACACUGACGAAUAACAAAAAGCUGGAACUUCAACAAGAAUUAGAGAGUAAUGGAAAAUUUUCAAUCUAUAUCCCACAACUCGAUCGACAAGUAGAGCUUUCGAGUGAUUUCAUUUCGUUCCAAAAAAGAAUAACGAAAAUAUAUGGGUACAAAUACGAACCGUGUGCUGUUGAGACGACUUUUCAUAUCGGUCGAUUGAUCUAUAGCCUACUUGAACAGUGUUUCUGGGUACGAAAAGGAAAUUACUUACAUGAAAAGAUGUCACAAAAAUAUGUAUUGUCUCUCCCAACAAUAAUUGCUCCCUACAUGGUCGUAUUGAUUUCACAAAUUUCCAAUCGUGCAUCUUCGUUCGAAGGUAUGAGCAAAACUUUAACACAAUUAUUCACAAGAAAUGGUAUUACCUUUCGUGUGGACAAUUCUGCCAAUCAAACCAUUGGUAAGAAAUAUUCACGAGCCGAUGAAAUUGGUAUUCCAUUCGCUGUCACUAUUGACAAUCAAAGCGUCGAGUGCAACACCGUUACAAUUAGGGAGCGUGACUCGUGCGACCAAGUAAGGCUUCCACUUGAUGAGCUUGUUCCUACAUUACUGGAUCUCAUACACGGCAACAAAUCAUGGGAAGAAGUGUCACUCAAAUAA